AUGGCACAGAUGCUUCUGUCAAUAGAGAACGACUGGAAGAGACUCAAACUCCAACGGGAUAUCGACAUAUUAACUGAUUUCACAGAUCGUGGGAGGAAAACCAAUAUUCUGUAUGCAAUUGCCAUGUAUGGGGUGAUGACAGUGUACCUCGCAUCCCCAGGAAUACCUAAAAUCCUGGAUGUAUUUCUACCUCUCAACGAAUCACGCCCACACGUUUUUUUAUACCAAACCGAGUACUUUUGCGAUCAAGAUAAAUAUUACACGCAUAUUCUACUCCACGCGUACUUUACAGUGCCCAUCAGCCUGACAUCAAUCAUCUACUUCGACAAUUUAUUUGGAAUUUUGGUGAAUCACACGUGCGGCAUGUGUGGAGUGUUGAAGAGCCAUCUGGAGGCCAUUGGUACCCAGAACCCAAGGGAAACGCUGGAGAGCCUUAAAUUUUGCGCUAAUUUACAAACUAGUAUAAUUGAAUUUGUCAAUAACUUGGAGUCGGCUUGCACAAUAGCCUUUUUACUUCUCGUCGGUUUAAACAUGAUGGUUGUGACAACGACAGGUGUAAUGCUGGCACAGAUGCUUCUGUCAAUAGAGAACGACUGGAAGAGACUCAAACUCCAACGGGAUAUCGACAUAUUAACUGAUUUCACAGAUCGCGGGUGGAAAAUCAAUAUUCUGUAUGCAAGUACUGAUUACAAACAAUUGGAGCAAUAA